AUGUCCUCGCCAAGCGCUGGAAAAAGGCGUAUGGACACUGAUGUGAUUAAACUGCAGAACGUCGCCUUAGCUUCAGGCUUGAGAUUGAGCUUAGACUGUGGUUUUGGUACGAAUCAACCGAACGGUGCAGACAAUCGAAGUGUCGUGGAUAGUGGUGUGUGGCGAGUACGGGUGGAUUUGCCCGAGAAAUAUCCGUUUAAGUCGCCGUCGAUCGGCUUCAUAAAUCGUAUCUAUCAUCCGAAUAUCGACGAAGCGUCCGGUACAGUGUGUUUGGAUGUGAUAAAUCAAGCAUGGUCUGCGCUAUAUGAUCUCGCGAAUAUUUUCGAAUCUUUUUUACCGCAAUUAUUAACCUACCCGAAUCCGACAGAUCCUUUGAACGGUGAUGCGGCGGCGCUUUAUCUGCACAAACCUGAGGAAUUCAAACGAAAAUGCAGAGAGUACGUUGAGAAAUAUGCAAGCGAAGAGGCACUGAGUAAAUUCUGCGGAACAGAUCCUCUGAACGGAAGGCAUUUCCCGACAGCCACGAUUGGCCAGAUAAACGGUGCUGACGAUUCUGAUUCCACUAUUUCUGACUUUUCUGAGGAUGAAACGCAAGGAAUGGAAUUGUAG